AUGAAUAACUUGACCCACAACAGCCCCAUUCUGGUGAUUGAGGGCAUCGACGUCCCCCAUCGCUUCAUUUACCCAGUAUUUACUCUCCUAUUGCUUAUUUACCUGAUCAUCCUGACCACCAACAUAGGGGUCAUGCUACUUAUUAUGAUGGACAGGAGACUGCAGCAGCCAAUGUACCUGAUGUUCUUCAGCUUGUCCUUCAACGACGUCCUGGGAAAUUCAGUGGUUCUGCCCCGCUUGAUGUUUGACUUGAUCUCCACCGACAGGUCCAUCAGCUACCCCUGGUGUGUCUCCCAGGCCUUCUUCACCCACACCUGUGGCUCAUCCUGCCACACAGUGAUGAUGAUCAUGGCCUUUGACAGGUAUGUGGCCAUAUGCCACCCUCUGAGGUACACCUCCAUCAUGAGCCCCACCAUGGUGGCUAAGCUGACUGCAUCAGCCUGGGGCACAUCGAUAACGUUGGUGGCAAUCCUGUUGGGCCUCACUGUACGUCUAACGCGUUGCCGUUCUGUCGUUCUCAAUGCCUUCUGCGACAACGCCUCCCUGUUCAAGCUCUCCUGUGAGGACGUAACCAUCAAUAAUCUCUACGGACUAACCUUCACUGUGGUCCUGCUCAGCUCAUCCAUCGGCAGUGUGGCCUUCACAUAUUUCAGGAUCCUGGUCAGCUGUGUUUCCAAAAAGAACAAGGAGCUCAACAGAAAGGCUGUGCAGACCUGCGGCACCCAUCUGGUCCUCUACAUGAUCAUGCUCUGGUCCGGAUUCCUCGUCAUCAUUAUGCAUCGUCUCCAGAUCCAGAACAGGUACCGGAAGAUGGCGGCUCUUCUUUUUCUUAUCAUUCCCGCCAACAUGAACCCCAUCAUAUACGCCAUGCAGACCAAGGAACUAAAGACCAAGAUUGUGCAGAUACUUAAGUCGAAGGUAACCCAGCUGCAGUAA